CCAUUCACCUACACCUACACCUACCGUACUUAAUCAUUUAUCCCCUUGAUCGUCUCUGCACCCAAGACCAAGCUUUUAAACGUCUCUCAUAUUCUUCCUUCCUACAAUCUAACCAAACCUAUCACUUACCAACAUUACAACCUCGCCAUGUCCUCCCCCACACCCCCCACAACAACAAAACUGGAGCUUCGCACAGCCUAUGGCCCCGUCUAUCGCGAUGUACUCAAUACACCACCUCGUCCUUGCACAGAUACAGAGAUCCCUAUUAUUGAUCUUUCGAAUAUAAAUUCUCCUGAUUUGAGUGAUCGUCAGGCUUUGGCUGCAGAAGUACGUGCUGCGGCGGUGGGGACGGGAUUCUUUUACGUGAAGAAUCAUGGUAUUGAAGAGGCUGUUAUUCAGAAGGCGAAGGAGCAGGCUUUGUGUUUCUUCAAACAGCCAUACGAAGAAAAAGCAAAGAUAGAUAAAAGUCACUCCCGUUAUUUCAAUGGCUACAUGGGAUUAAAAAGUUCAAACAUAAGUCCCGGAGAAAGUGUAGACGUCAAAGAAUCCAUCGCCUGGCGCUACGAGCCCGAACAUGAUCCAGAUCAUCCCCAACCCCUUUCCUCCAUCCCUGCAGAAGUAAAACCCUGGAUCCGAGGCGAACCCUUCGUCUGGGAAGGAACCUCGCAUCUCCCCAAUUUCAAAACUGACACUCUCGCCUAUUGGAAAUCUUGUCUCUCACUCGCGCGCAAACUCGUUCGAGUCUUCGCCCUCAGUCUCUCACUCCCAGAAGACUAUUUCGAUUCUCGCGUCACCUAUCCCGGAGCCGACGGCCUCUACAAUUACUACCCGCCCAGUACCGAGGCCGAAAGAUCAAACAACAGUGUAGGACUCGGUUCUCAUACCGAUCUCCAACUCUUUACUCUUCUCUGGCAAGAUAUGAUAGGUGGUCUCCAAGUACUCAACAAAGAAGGACAAUGGAUUAUGGCGGUUCCAGUGGAAGGAACGAUAGUCGUCAAUAUUGGCGAUUUUAUGAUGAGACUUUGUAAUGAUAUGUAUAAGAGUACUGUCCAUCGAGUUUAUAAUCGAGCAACCGUGGAGAGAAUUUCGAUGCCGUUUUUCUUUGGACUCAAUUUCAAUUGCGUAGAGGGUGUAAUUUCCACCUGUACUGAUGAAAAUAAUCCACCGAAAUAUGAGCCCAUAUCUUGUGGUGAUUGGUGUCAACUUAGGUUCAAAUCGGAAAAUGAUGAGUUUAAAGAGAAGGCUGCAAUGGCGAAAGCACCCAGUGCCGUUGUUGUCAAGGCUUAAGAUUGGAGGAAAAUCCACUUUGUGUCGAGUUUUCGGAGAUGGGAAACACUCUGUGAUAAAUUUCACGACCAUUGGAAAAUGGUUUUGGAUAUUCUCCUGGAGGAACAUUUAUUACAUCGCAAAUGAUUUAGCGAAUGAAUCUUCACAAAGGUUUAGAUAUGUGUUUAGUCCGUUGAAUAAAUUUAUAUCCCAUUUGACAUUGCAAAUUGAGAUAAAUGUGCUCUGCUAGAUAUUCUUCUAGCAAGUCACGAGCACCAUCCAGCUGUAAAUAACUCUCAACAAAGCGAAGUUUGUAUGACCAUCUCAGGUGCCAUUGAUGUAUCUCCGUGCUCCCAUUCUAGAUUGAAGGUGUGCAUGAUACUUGUAGAACCUCAC